GGUGUAAUUCCCCGGGGUCCCGACUUUUCAGUUUGACAUGUUCGGAGACGGGGCAGAAGGCAAAGGCGCCUUGACGGAGGGCAAAGAGAGGCCAAAGAAAGGCCACAACCCAAUGCACACGCUUUGCAGGACACUGAAUAGACCGCUACAACAGCACAGCAACAGGUUCUGGCUUUCCACAGGACUUCUCACACUUUCGGCAGCAUAUUUCGUCCAGCACAGACUCACUUCGUCAGCAUCGCAAGCAUCAAUGAUCUCACCACCAGCUCCGCCACAGAGCCCGCUGCAAUGGAACCACACGCCAGAGUCGAUUCUGCUAGAGACAACAAGACUGAUUGCCGAGGCUGAGGACCUCGACAACCGUAUCGGGGCGAUUGGCGCCACGGACGCCACCAUCGAGUCUGUGAUCAAGCCGUACGCCGACCUGGAGAACCGCCAGGCCGGCUUGACCAACCAGCUGUCCUUCUACCAGCACGUGUCGUCAGACAAGCAGCUUCGGGAGGCGUCGAAUGAGGCGGACGCCAAGUUCCGCAAGUACGGCAUCGAGGCCGGAUUGCGGGAGGACGUGUACAGGGCGAUCCACAAGGUGUACGAGGACAACAAGGACAACGCUACCCUCGACGCAGAGACAAGACGCUUCCUUGAAAAGGUGAACAGACAGUACGAGAGAAACGGCUUGUCUCUCCCGCUUGAGAAGCGGGAGAAGAUCAAGGAGCUCAAACAGCAGCUCUCCACGCUCUCGUUGAAGUUCUCCCAGAACUUGAGCGAGGAGACGGGCUUUUUGCUCUUCACAAGAGAACAGCUCGAGGGCCUACCGGACGACGUCGUGGCCAGCUUUGAAAAGGUUGAGGAGCCGGAAGGUCCGGUCAAGUACAAGAUGACGUUCAAGUACCCGGAUCUUUUCCCCGUGCUUAAGUAUGCCAAGAACGCCGAGACCAGAAAGGCCGCCUUUACCGCCGACCAAUCCAAGGUCCCUGAAAACGCAGGCCUGCUCAUUGAGGCAGUGAAGAUCAGAGCAGAGCUUUCCCAUUUGCUUGGCUACAAGAACUUCUCCGAGUAUGUGCUCGAAGAGCGGAUGGCCAAGACGCCAGAGACUGUCAUGAGCUUCAUGAACGACUUGAGAGUCAAGUUGAAGCCUCUUGGCGAAAAGGAAUUUGAAUACUUGAAGACCCUAAAGGCAAAGGAGACAGGCGUCGAGUCGGAUGACUACUACAUCUGGGAUCAACGGUACUACCACACCAAGAUGCUUGAAAACGACUACAACGUCGACGAUAUCAAGAUCUCAGAGUACUUUCCGAUGCAAAACACCAUCGAGAAGAUGCUCUCCAUCUACGAGACAAUUUUCAACUUGAAGUUUGUCGAAAUUUCCAAGUCAAGCAAAGACUACGAUACCUGGCACGAAGACGUUCAGCAGUUUGCAGUGUGGAAAAUGGACAACAACGAACCCACCUUCAUUGGUUACCUCUAUUUUGACUUGCACCCAAGAGCGGGCAAAUACGGCCAUGCUGCUAACUUUGGCUUGGUCCCAGCCUACAUUGAUGUUACUACUGGAAAGAAGAAUUACCCGUCCACCUCUUUGGUGUGUAACUUCACCAAGGAUACAAAGGAAAAACCUUCAUUGUUGAAACAUAACGAGGUCGUAACUUUCUUCCACGAGCUAGGUCACGGUAUCCACGAUUUGAUGGGUCAGACCAAGUACUCGAGGUUCCAUGGUACCUCCGUCAGCUGGGACUUUGUGGAAAUGCCAUCCCAACUCCUUGAAUAUUUUUGUUGGGAUGAAGCUAUGUUGACAAAGUUGUCCAGCCACUAUAAGACCAACGAAAAGAUGCCUUCGGCUUUGAUUAGAUCGCUAAUUGCGUCUAAAAAUGUAAACGGUGCGAUGUUCAAUUUGAGACAGUUGCAUUUUGGAUUAUUCGAUAUGGAAUUGCACACCUCGGCAACAGGUGAAGUUGACGUCGAUAAAUUAUGGAAUGAUAUGAGAGAAGAGAUUUGCUUGAUCAGCAACGGAGGCCAAAGCUUUAAGGGUUAUGGAUCUUUUGGCCACUUGAUGGGAGGUUAUGCUUCCGGUUAUUACGGCUACCUCUGGUCUCAUGUCUUUGCCGCUGACAUUUUUUUCUCCAAGUUUUCGAAAGAUCCAUUGAACGUGACCAACGGUAUGGACUACAGAAACAAAAUUUUAGCCAGAGGCGGUUCUAGAGACGAGAUGGAAAACUUGGUAGAUUUACUUGGGAGAAAACCAGAAUCAGAUGCUUUCUUAGCUGAGAUUGGUUUGUUCGAGAAAUAAGCAACACAGAGUACUUAUCGUACGUUUUUUUCUCAAAAGUUAUAUAAAAUUGUUCGAAAGAUCAAAAAAUGUAAAAGUAGAAAAAUCAUGAUACAUAGAAGCUUUUUCAGUAGGAAAGAAUUUUCAGUGAUAAUUUUGUUCAUGCAUCAUAGUUCGGUGUCAUCAUGCUAAUUUUUUCUUCAAAAGGAUAGGGAAAAGGUGGCAGUGCGUUCAACCUUUCGACACGGACACUCUCUUCUGCCUCAUCACGGGUAUUUUGGGCUUGUCCUGGCUUGUAAUAUUUGUAUAAAACAUCCACCUGCUCCAAAGAAAGCCCACCAGUUUCAGGGACCAUCAAGUAAACGAAAAUGGCAGCCGCAACAGUGCAUCCAAAAAAUACAAACCCAUAGGCAAACCUAAUGUGGGAAAUGAUAAAUGGCGUGAAAAAAGCAAUCAUAAACCCCCAU